UAAUUCAUCUGUUUUUAAAUUUUUAGAAUUCCUAAAUCAUUAUCAUCGAUCAUUUCUCCAGAACUUUCGUCCAAAAUUCAAAUUGUCGAGGCGAAACUAUAAUUAAAUCGUGCAGAUUUUUGCAGAACCUUUUGGGAUUCGGUGUUUGUGCGUGUUUUCCACGCGCCAUGGAAUCGCUGUGCUUCACAGUUCACGGGAUUGUGUAUUUGGGCCUCAGAAGGCCCAAGAGCUAAACUAGGCUGAAGGUUGGGACCCAGGUUUCAUUUUCAAACCAAAGUAGCAAAUGGCUACUUCCUUGGUUCAAUCCAAGAUUAUGAAAAGGACAGAACCAAAAAGGUCCCACUCCUGGUGGUGGGAUAGUCACAUUAGUCCCAAAAACUCUAGGUGGCUCUCAGAGAAUCUUGAAGAGAUGGACAAGAGCGUGAAACGAAUGUUGAAGUUGAUUGAAGAGGAUGGAGAUUCAUUUGCAAAGAAGGCUGAGAUGUAUUAUCAAAAGAGGCCUGAAUUAAUCUCUCAUGUGGAGGAGUUUUACCGCAUGUACAGGUCUCUGGCUGAACGUUAUGAUCAUGUGACAGGAGAACUGCGGAGGAAUCUCCCCUCGGACCUCCACUCUCAGGGGUCCACAGUUUCGGAAAGCGGUUCUGAUCUGCCGUCUGCAUGGCCCUCUCCUGAUCAAAGGCUAGGUCGCCGUAAAUCUGGAAACCGAGCUGCUGGUUUUGAUUUCUUUCUUGGUUCUGGUGGAAGUGGCUCUGAUCAUUACCACAGAGAGGGCGAUGAAUCAUCUACAUUGACAGAUUCUGAGCCAGAAUCUGAUGAUUCCUCGGUCAACAAUUACUCUGGUGCGUCGGGAAAUGGUGCCGAUCAAGGGUUGCAAAGAAAGAUGCUCGAAUUGGAAAUUGAGCUCCGUGAAGCAAAAGAGAAGCUCCGGAUCCAACAGGAAGACAAUGCGGAGGGCUCAUCAAGGGGUCAAAAAAGUGAUUCAUCCGAAGACUCUUUUUCUAAAAUUGUAAGAUGUGAGCAAGAGCUAAGGAUUGCAAAUAAGAAAUUACAGAAUGCAGAAGAAGAGAUUGAUAGAUUGAAGAUUGAGCUCCAAAAUUCCAAGUCAUUGGAACUUAAUUUAGCGUCGCAAGCUGCGCCUGAAUCACCAGGAUUGAAAGAGGUUAAAAUACUCGGAGUUGACGUGGAGUCAGAGUUGAAUCAGGAAUCAGAAUCUCGCGAAAGUUUUGAUGGGUUAGAAGACUCUGUGAAGUCAGGUGGGAAAAUUCAGGCAUUGGUAGAAGAGCUGAGAAUCACAAAAAGCAGGCUUCAGGUUUCAGAGAAUGAAAUUACUAGUUUGAGAUAUGAGCUUGAGAGAAAUAAAAACGAUGAUAAAAUUCGCCACCUGCAGACUCAACUUGAGGCAGCUCAGAAGGAUGUUGCUACUUGGAAAGCCAAGCUCAAUGCAGAGAAAAGGGAGGUCUCUAAGUUGCAGGAAAGAGUCACAAGGUUGAAGACAAGUUUAUCUGACAGGGAUAAGGAGAUCAUGGAUUUGAAAAUAGCAGUAUCAGAUGCUGAGCAGAAGAUAUUCCCCGAAAAAGCACAGGUCAAGGCUGAAAUAUCUAAAUUGCUCAAAGAACGUAUCCGUAUGGAAGACGAGCUUAGAGAGGUGGAAAAUCAGGGACGCUGUUUGGAGGAGGAGAUUAGAAAGAUCAAGGCCGAAAAAUCAGAAAUGGAGGUGAGACUUAAUGGUGAAAAUGAGCAUUUAAAGGCAGAAGCUAUUAAGAAAGGCGAGUGCAUUGUAACUUUAAACAAGAGCCUCGAUUCUCUGAAAACUGAAAGGGAUGGUUUAAAUGCAAUAGUUUCUACACUUAAAGCAGAGGUGUCUUGUAAAGAUGACAGGAUAGAUCAGUUGGAUAAGCAAUUGCAAGAGUUGCAGAAGGAGCGCAUAGCACUGAUCGCCGAGGCUGAAGGGAUACACAAACUAGUGGAGGAGACGAGAUCAAGAAUGAGGGAUUUAGAGGAAGAGGUAGAGAGGCUAAGAGCUGCGAUUUCGGAAGGAGCGGAAGAAAAACGAGAGGCUAUAAGGCAGCUAUGUUUGUCUAUUGAACACUACAGGAAUGGAUAUCACAGGCUUCGGCAGGCUUUUAUGGGGCACAAGCGAGUCCCAGUUUUGGCAGCAUAAAGAGCUAUUUGAUCUUGUAUCAUAUGUUUUUAUAGUGCCUCACCUGUAUUUUUUUUUUUUUUUUUGGGUUGAGCCAUACGUAAAUGUCCGAUUUGUUUUAGUAAACCCCCCACCUUGGAGGCUAUUUGUGUCUUGAUUGCUCUAAAGAAUAUUACUGGACAAAAUAUGAUAGAAAGGUUGUGUAAUUUUAUUAAGUUUGCUCUUCUUAAAUUACUGGACAAAGUAUAAUAGAAAGCUUGUGUAAUUUUAUUAUAAUGAUCUUUUUUUUUCUGAAA